UAGUGAGGACAGAGUAGGUACCAGGGAUACAGCCAGUGUGAAUUCCGAUAGUGGAUUUAAAAACAUCCCCCCCCCCCCUCUAGUGUUACCAUGUUGACUGUGAAACUUCUUCAAUAAUUAAACAUUAGGUUGUAGUUCAGGUCGGCUAGAGAGUGUACAUUGCUAUGGAAGGUUUUUCCAUUCCACUUCUCAAAUUCUUAGUUAUGUGGCAAACUUACUAUAUUGUUUGUUUGUAGAACUUUUUCCAAUUGCACAACUUUUCUACUAGUGUCCAGCAAUAUUGUCCUCCAGAGCACGAGUCUGGUGUGAUUAAUUGUCAUUUUUCAUUGUGGUCAUUGGACAACAAAGGUGGCUUUGUUUAGCCAUCAAAAGGGUAAAGGGAUGAACAGAAUAUUUGCAAUUUUUCAGGAAAUGGUGUUCACCUGACACCCAUGUGAGUAAAGGGGUAGAAAGAAUAAGGGGGGAGGAGACUGUGAUGACCACAUCAUUCUUUUUUUGCAAGAGUGACUCAGCAGUUAUCUUCCUCAAAAAGCCAUUUCAUGAACGCUCUUCGGUAUAUGCUGUGGCAUUGUGCAUCUUCACUCAAUCACAUUCUGCAGAUGGAGGGAUUACUGCCUGGUUUGGUCAUCCUGCAUGUGCUGGGUCUGGUCGCCAGCAUUCCUAAUGGUGCUCCCACUUCUGCCUGUGAGGAUAUGAUGCCUCGCCACACUGGGGUACAACCACAACUCACCAGAGCGCCCUACGCCAUCCUCGCCAACUCAAAGACCUUUCAGCCGGGUCAGCCUAUAACAGUGAUUAUAUAUGGACCUGACUACAGAGGUGUGCUCCUUCAGGCACGGACAGAAACUAGCCCAAAUGCCUUGGGCAACUGGCAUCUUCCCCCCCCGGAUACCAAGUUUUUACAAUGUUCAGACAACUUGCAAGGCGCUAUCACCCAUGCCAACACUAACCUGAAGGGCAAUACGACAACAUUCUCCUGGAUGCCACCCAGCACUAUCAACUCUGUGUACUUCAUGGCCACAGUAGCUCAGCAACGAACUGUGUACUGGCUCAACGUAAGGUCAGAACUUCUGACCAAAGGGGCAGAGGAGGGCAUUGGUCUGGCUACAGGAGGUUGUCUGAGUAUGGCCAGUGAGGGAUUUAUGGUGUUCUUAGCUGCCUGUGUGCUGAUGUCACAGGUGCUGUUGAGGUAAUGGGAUAAAGCGUCAGUGAACACACUGGAUGUGUGCCUGAAAACUGCACUUUCAGAUAUUUUGUUACAGGUCGACAGGCAGAGGCUGCGAAACAAUGUUUUCCCUUAUCUCGAGUGCAUUAAAUCAUUAUGAAAA